UUGGGGGGGGCGGGGCCUGCGCGCCUGCCCCGCGGUGGGCCCGCGCCCCCGGCCGGGCCUUGGCUGCAGCUUUAGCGGCUCCGACGCUGAGGAGCGCCCGGGGAGUCUGCGGGAGCCGAGCGUGGUGAGCUCAAGAGGAGGUCCAAGUGACACAGCAAUGAUUGGAGAGCCUGCUGGGAGCGCACAGCUGGCUGCAUAGGGGCCUGUGGGCUUACUGUCCGGUGCCCCCAUGGAGACAGGGGGCCCUGGGUUGAACAAUAUGAAGCCCCGGUCACUGCAGCUGGUGCUGGAGGAGCAAGUGCUGGCGCUACAGCAGCAGAUGGCAGAGAACCAAGCAGCCUCCUGGAGGAAGCUGAAGAGCUCCCAGGAGGCCCAGCAGAGGCAAGCAGCCCUCGUGAGGAAGCUGCAGGCCAAGGUGUUGCAGUACCGGAGCUGGUGCCAAGAGCUGGAGAAGCGGCUGGAAGCCACUGGGGGACCGAUCCCUCAGAGGUGGGAAAGUGUGGAGGAGCCAAACCUGGAACAGCUGCUAAUCCGAUUGGAGGAGGAGCAACAGAGGUGUGAGAGUCUAGCGGAGGUGAACACCCAGCUUCGGCUGCACAUGGAAAAAGCUGACGUGGUGAAUAAAGCGCUUCGGGAAGAUGUGGAAAAAUUGACAGUAGACUGGAGCAGGGCCCGGGAUGAGCUAAUGAGGAAGGAGAGCCAGUGGCAGAUGGAGCAGGAGUUUUUCAAGGGCUACCUGAAAGGGGAGCACGGUCGCCUUCUCAGUCUAUGGCGGGAGGUGGUGACCUUCCGACGCCACUUUCUGGAAAUGAAGUCAGCCACUGACAGAGACCUGACGGAGCUCAAGGCUGAGCAUGUGAGGCUUUCAGGGUCCCUGUUGACCUGUUGUCUGCGCCUGACUGUGGGAGCACCGCAGUCUCGGGAUUCUGACGGAUCUGGGAGACUGAAUGGGAGUGAGCCAUCCCAGUUGUUGCUGCUAUUAGCCAAGACCCAGGAGCUGGAGAGGGAAGCCCAUGAGAGGAGCCAAGAGUUAAUACAGCUGAAGAGUCAAGGGGAUCUGGAGAAGGCCGAGCUUCAGGAUCGGCACUGGGAAGCACAAGGACAGAGACCAUGUCUUGGGUGCUUGACUUCAAGAUCAAGCGGGGCCUGGAAGGGCCUGGGCCAGGGCUUUCCUUCAGCUCUCGGGCCCCCAAACACGUGUUCCAGCCUUGAGAUGUGGGUGACCGAGCUCUCUGCUCUACUGACCCAGUCUCAGAAGCAAAAUGAAGAUUAUGAAAAGAUGAUAAAGGCUCUGAGGGAGACAAUGGAGAUCCUGGAGGCAAAUCAUGCAGAAUUAAUGGAACAUGAGGCAUCUCUUAGUAGGAAUGCCCUAGAGGAGAAGCUGUCUUUACAGCAAGUGAUCAAGUCUAUAACCCAGGCCAUGGUAGAAGAAGGGGACAAUACGGCCCAAGGCUCUGGUCCUGAGAGCUCCUUGGAGCUGGACCCUCGCGGCCUCUCCUCCCAGUUCGAUUCCCAGCAGCCAGACGAGGCUCUUUCUCUGGUGCGUUCAGUGCUGACUCAGAGACGCCAGGCUGUGCAGGACCUGAGGCAGCAGCUGUCAGGCUGCCAGGAAGCCGUGAGCUCCCUGCAGCAGUGUCAUCAUCAGUGGGAGGAGGAGGGUGAGGCCCUGAGACAGCGGCUGCAGCAGCUCACCGGGGAGCGCGACUCCCUGGCGGGGCAGGCUGUGGACCUGCAGGGGGAGGUGGACUCUCUCAGCAGGGAGCGAGAGCUGCUGCAGAAGACCAGAGAGGAGCUGCAGCAGCAGCUGGAGGUGCUGGAGCAGGAGGCGUGGCGACUGCGGAGGACAAACGUGGAGCUUCAGCUGCAGGGCGACUCUGCUCAGGGCGAGAAGGAGGAGCAGCAGGAGGAGCUGCACCUGGCCGUCCGCGAACGGGAGCGCCUUCAGGAGACACUGGCGGGCCUAGAAGCCAAACAGUCGGAGUCACUGAGUGAAUUGAUCACCCUUCGGGAAGCCCUGGAGUCCAGUCGCCUGGAAGGGGAGUUGCUGAGACAAGAGCAAACAGAAGUGACCGCCGCACUGGCCAGGGCAGAACAGUCUAUUGUGGAGCUGUCGAGUUCUGAGAACAGCCUGAAGGCUGAGGUAGCUGAUCUUCGGGCUGCAGCUGUCAAGCUCAGUGCCUUAAAUGAGGCUUUGGCCUUAGAUAAAGUUGGGCUGAACCAGCAGCUUCUCCAGUUAGAACAGGAGAACCAGUCCGUGUGCAGGAGGAUGGAGGCAGCAGAGCAGGCGAGAAACACUUUGCAGGUGGGCCUGGCAGAGGCCGAGAAGAGCAGGGAAGCCCUGUGGGAAAAGAACACCCACCUGGAGUCUCAGCUGCAGAAAGUGGAGGAGACCAGGGCUGAGCUGCAGGCGGACUUCAGGGACAUCCAAGACAAGAAAGAAGAAAUUCAAGAGAAACUAAGCGAGGCACAUCACCAGCAGGAGGCAGCCUCAGCUCAGGUGGAGCAGCUGCAUCAGGAGGCACAGCGGCAGGCUGAGGCGCUGGCCCGGGAAGUCCAGGAGAAGGAGGCUCUGGCGCGGGAAAAGGCAGUUCUCGAGGUGCGGCUGCAGGCUGUGGAGCGGGACCGGCAGGACCUCUCUGAACAACUGCUGGGGCUCAGCUCAGCCAAGGAGUUACUGGAGAGCAGUCUGUUUGAGGCCCAGCAACAAAAUUCUCUGAUAGAGGUCACCAAGGGGCAGCUGGAAGUCCAGAUUCAAACUGUCACUCAAGCCAAGGAAGUAAUCCAAGGGGAAGUGAGGUGCCUGCAGCUGGAACUGGACACUGAACGGAGCCGGGCAGAGCAGGCACAGGAUACAGCAGCCAGACAGCUGGCCCAGGCUGAGCAAGAGGGGCAGGCUGCCCUGCUGCAGCUGAAGUCAGCCCACGCGGAGGAGGUGAACCAGCUCCAGGAGAAAUGGGAGAAAGAGCGCUCCUGGCACCAGCAGGAACUGGAUAAGGCUCUGGAGAGCUUGGAGAGGGAGAAAACGGAGCUGGAAACGAGGCUGAGGGAACAGCGGGCAGAAACAGAGGCCCUGCGGACGCAGAGAGAAGAAGAACGGGCCGAGGCCGAGAGCGCCCUGUGCCAGAUGCAGCUCGAAACAGAGAAGGAGAGGGUGUCCCUCCUGGAGACACUGCUGCAGACCCAGAAGGAGCUGGCAGAUGCCGGCCAACAACUGGAGCGGCUGAGGCAGGACAUGAAGGUUCAGAAGUUAAAGGAGCAGGAGACCACUGGGAUGCUGCAGACCCAGCUCCGGGAGGCUCAGCAGGCGCUGGAGCAGGCAGCCCGGCAGCACAGAGACAGUCUCGCUGCCCUCCAGGAAGAGGGCCGCACCCUGCUGCAGGAUAAGAUCGACCUGCAGAAGCAGGUGGAGGACCUGAAGUCUCAGCUGGUUUCUAAGGAAGACUCCCAGAGGCUGGUGGACCAGGAGGUUCAGGAGAAGCUGAGAGAGGCUCAGGAGUGUAGCCGAAUUCAGAAGGAGCUGGAGAGAGAGAAAGCCAGCCUGACCCUGUCGCUGGUGGAAAAGGAACAGAGACUCCUUGUUCUACAAGAGGCUGACUCUGUUCGACAGCAAGAGCUGAGCUCCCUGCGCCAGGACAUGCAGGAGGCCCAGGCAGGACAGAAAGAGCUCAGCGCCCAGGUGGAAUUACUGACGCAGGAGGUGAAGGAAAAGGAGGCUGACUUUCUGGCCCAGGAGGCACAGCUGCUGGAGGAGCUAGAGGCAUCUCGAGUAACAGAGCAGCAGCUACGAGCUUCCUUGUGGGCCCAGGAAGCCAAGGCGGCCCAACUGCAGCUGCGUCUGCGCAGCACGGAGAGCCGGCUGGAGGCGCUGGCGGCCGAGCAGCAGCCUGGGCACCAGGCGCAGGUGCAGCUGGCCAGCCUCUGUUCUGUCCUGCAGCAGGCCCUGGGGUCUGCGUGUGAGAGCAGGCUUGAGCUGUGUGGCGGGGGAGACGCCGCUCCCUCCCUCUGGGGCCCUGAGCCAGACCAGAAUGGGGCUAGGAUCCUCUUUAAGAAAGGGCCCCUCCUGACGGCUCUCUCAGCUGAGGCGGUAGCGUCUGCCCUCCACAGACUUCACCAAGACCUGUGGAAGACUCAGCAGUCCCGGGAUGAUCUGAGGGAUCAGGCCCGGAAGCUGGAACAGCGUCUCACUGAUACAGAGGCUGAGAAGAGCCAGGUCCACACAGAGUUGCAGGCUCUGCAGAGGCAGCUCUCCCAGAACCAGGAAGAGAAAUCCAAGUGGGAAGGAAAACAGAACUCCCUAGAAUCUGAGCUGAUAGAACUGCAUGAAACUGUGGCAUCCUUACAGAGUCGGCUACGGCAAGCAGAGCUGCAGGGAAUAGAAGCCCAGAAUGAGCGAGAGUUACUGCAGGCAGCCAAGGAGAACCUGACCGCCCAGGUGGAAUGUCUACAGGCAUCUGUUGCAGAAGCCAGGGCUCAGGCAAGCGCUGCUGGGGUCCUGGAGGAAGACCUGAGAACAGCGCAUUCAGCCCUGAAACUGAAACAUGAGGAGGUGGAGAGUGAGCGUGAGCGAGCCCAGGCCCUGCAGGAGCAGGGUGAGCUGAAGGUGGCCCAGGGGAGGGCUUUGCAGGAGAAUCUGGCUCGCCUGGCCCAGACGCUGUCCGAAAGAGAAAAGGAGGUGGAGACUCUGCAGGGGAAAAUCCAGGAACUGCAGAAGCAACGGGAAAUGCAAAAGGCUGCUUUGGAAGUGCUAUCUCUGGACCUGAAGAAGAGGAACCAAGAGGUGGAUCUGCAGCAAGAACAGAUUCAGGAGCUGGAGGAGUGUAGGUCUGUUUUAGAGCAUCUCCCCAUGGCUGUCCAGGAGCGAGAGCAGAAGCUGACUCUGCAGAGGGAGCAGAUCAAGGAGCUCGAGAAGGACCGGGAGACGCAGAGGAACAUCUUGGAGCAUCAGCUUCUGGAACUUGAGAAGAAGACCCAAGUAAUUGAGUCCCAGAACGGACAGAUUCAGGACCUGAAGAAGCAGCUGGUCACAAUGGAAUGCCUGGCCCUGGAACUAGAGGAAAACCAUCACAAAAUGGAGUGCCAGCAAAAGGCGAUCGAGGAGCUGGAGGGCCAGAGGGAGAUGCAGAGGGUGGCUCUGACCCACCUAACACUGGACCUGGAGGAAAGGAGCCAGGAGCUGCAGGUGCAGGGCAGCCAGAUCCAGGAGCUGGAGAGCCACAGCGCCCUCCUGGCAAGAGAGCUCCAGGACAAGGACCAGGAGGUGACGUCCCAGCGAGACCAGAUCGGGGAGCUGCAGAGGCAGAAGGAGCAUCUGACUCAGGACCUGGAGAGGAGGGAGCAGGAUAUGGUGCUGCUGAAGGAGAGGAUUCAGGUCCUGGAAGAUCAGAGGACCCUGCAGACCAAGAUCCUGGAGGAGGACCUGGAGCAGAUCAAGCUGUCCUUGAGAGAGCGAGGCCGGGAGCUGGCCUCUCAGAGGCAGCUGAUGCAGGAGCGCGCAGAGGAAGGGAAGGGCCAGGGUAAAGCUCAGCGCGGCAGCCUGGAGCACCUGAAGCUGAUCCUGCGUGAUAAGGAGAAGGAGGUGGAAUGCCAGCAGGAGCGAAUCCAGGAGCUUCAGGAGCACGAGGACCAGCUGGAACAGGAGCUCCAGGGCCUGCACAGGAAGGUGGGUGAGAUCAGCCUGCUCCUGACCCAGCGGGAGCAGGAGAUAGUGGUCCUUCAGCGGCACCUUCAGGAAGCCGGGGAACAGGGGCAGCUGAAACAGCAAGCACUUCAGGGCCAGCUGGACGAGGCCCAGAGGGCCCUGGACCAGAGGACCCAGGAGCUCGAGGCCCUGCGGCACCAGCAGGAGCAGGCCCAGGGCCAGGAGGAGAACGUGAAGGAACAGGCGGGCUCACUGCAGAGAGCCCUGGAGCAGGCCCACGGCACACUGAAGGAGCGGCAGGCCGAGCUUGAGGACCACCAGGAGCACACACGGAGGCUCCAGGAAGAGCUGGCAGUGGAGGGGCAGCGGGUCCAGGCCCUAGAGGAGGUGUUGGGGGACCUAAGGGCUGAGUCUCGGGAGCAGGAGAAGGCUCUGCUGGCCCUCCAGCAGCAAUGCGCCGAGCGGGCCCAGGAGCACGAGGCAGAGGCCCAGGCCCUGCGGGACAGCUGGCUGCAGGCAGAGGCGAUGCUCCAGCAACGGGACCGGGAGCUGGAGGCCCUGCGGGAAGAUGGCCAGUCCUCCCAGCGACGGGAGGAGGCCGCCCGGGGCCAGGCUGAGGCUCUGCAGGAGGCCCUCAGCAAGGCUCAGGCCGCCCUGCAGGAGAAAGAGCAGCAUCUCCUUGGGCAGGCGGAACUGAGCCGCAGCCUAGAGGCCAGCACGGCCACCUUGCAGGCUGCCCUGGACUCCUGCCAGGCACAAGCCCGGCAGCUGGAGGGCGCCCUGAGGAAGCGGGAAGGUGAGAUCCAGGACCGGGACCUCCGACACCAGGAGGCCGUGCGGCAGCUCCAGCAGGCACUUGCCCGGAGGGAUGAAGAGCUGACACACCAGAGGAGGCAGGGGCAGCUGCUGGAGAAGUCUCUGGCCCAAAGGAGCCAAGAGGAUGCGACCCAAGACAAGCUGGAGCCAAGGCAUGAGAGAGAAGAGGAAGAGAUGAGGGGCCUUCGUGAGAGCCUAACGGAGCUGCAGUGGACUCUAGCUCAAAAGGAAGAGGAGAUCCUGGAGCUGAGGGAGGCCCAGCAAAGGAAGGGUCCGGAGGACUCACUGCACAGCUGCAAAGCCUCCCUGGGGGAGAUGCCGUCCACCUCGCUCGAUUCCUCAGGGCCCAGGCUGCAGCGGGAGCUGGAGCGACUGCAGGUGGCCCUGAGGCAGACGGAGGCCAGGGAGAUCGAGUGGAGGGAGAAGGCCCAGGGCCUGGCGCUGUCCCUGGCCCAGAGCAAGGCCAGCGUCAGCAGUCUGCAGGAGGUAGCCCUGUUCCUGCAAGCCUCCGUCCGGGAGCGGGACUUGGACCAGCAGAGGCUGCGGGAUGAGCUGGAGCUCACCAGACAAGCUCUGGAGAAGGAGCGACCCCACAGCCCAGGCCCUGCCAGCAAAGCAGAACGGGGGCCCAGAGGAGAGCCCGGCGCCCAGCUGGGAGAGGUCUCGGGAGUGAAGACUGAGCCGAGUCCUGACCUGGAGGAGAAGCAGCUCUGGGAGCAGAGGCUUGAAAACCUGCAGCGAGCGGUGGCACAGCUAGAGGUUGACCGGAGCCGCCUGCAGCACCACAACGCCCAGCUGCGGACCACCCUGGAGCAGGUGGAGAGAGAGCGGAGAAAACUGAAGAGGGAUUCCAUGCGCACGUCACGGGUCCUGGAGAGCCGUGAAGCCACAGCACCAUCACCCACCCGGCAGGAUGAAAGAGGAGGGCAGAAGGCCUCUUCAGAUACCAAGCACAUGGUUGAACUACAGAAAGAGGUGGCCCUUCUUCGAGCCCAGCUGGCCUUGGAGAGGAAGCAGAAGCAGGACUACAUCGCCCGCUCGGUGCAGACGAGCCGUGAGCUGGCGGGCCUGCACCACAGCCUCUCUCACUCCCUCCUCGCUGUGGCCCAGGCCCCCGAGGCCACUGUCCUGGAGGCUGAGACCCGCAAGCUGGAUGAGUCCCUGACUCAAAGCCUGACGUCGUCCCCCGGGCCGGUCCUGCUCUGCCCCAGUCCCAGCACUGCUCAGAGCACCUCCAGGUAGCAGCCGCUGCCAGGGCGGGACACGGGCCAGCCUGGGAGCACACAGACAGACAGAUGGCCCCUCCACACAGCUGCAGUUUGCCAAAGAAAGUUCUGGUUCUGUUUCCCAACCUGGGAGCGCCGGGUCAGCUGGCAUUCUCAGGAGGAGGGAGGGAAAGCUGCAAGGCUGGGGGCAGGCCCCAACUCACGUGGGAAUGAGGCUGUCACACUUGCUGGCAGCCUGCAGUGACCCAGAGAGCGCCUCGCCCCGGCCAAGGGGCAUCUGCCGCCUCUCGCCUAGAACUCAUCAUCCAGCACGUCACCCUCUGUCACUUCCCCCUUCAGCAAUAAACCCUGGGUCUUUGCGUUUGUUCUCUGCUGCUGUCUCCACUGUGUAGCUGGGCAACAGCAGUACAUUCAAGGGCUUCUAUUAAGGAAGAAUUUGCUAAAGAUGCCAGUCAGGGGGCACGCGUUUGUCCUCUGCCUGGAUUCGGAUAGAGAAGGGCUACAGAAGAUCGUCAAGACGAGGCCCCUGUCCCCAGGAAGCUUGAGCCCAGUUGACAGGAACAGGCAGAUGAGUCGGACAGUUCUGUGUGC